CCCAGCCGCCACGUCCACGAUAGCCGCCCCCUCCCCGUCCACCGUGGGAGCUAGCCACGUUUUCUCUGUCGUAUUGAGCCAUCUGAGGUUCACCCACGAUGUCCCCAGCGCUACGCCGGCCCCCGAGACACUGCAUACACACGUAAAAGUGUGAGCUCGUGCCUCCCCGCGCGCCCCCGCGGCGACCCCCGAUACCUCCAAUACGCAUGCGCGCGUUGUACAUUCCAAAGCGCACGCACAAUAACUUGCUAGUAAACAAGCUGCCCAGCCCUAAGGUCAGUUCAUCGGCCAGAAUGGCGCAGAGAUCGUUGGUGGAGGAGGCAACGCGGCCUCUGGUACUUAUCACUGUUUCAGUUCUGCUCGGUUUUCUCUGCUACCUCUACUACAGGUUCGUCCAUUCUCCGUACCUGGUCUUCGCAGGGACGGGAGUGAAGGGACCUAAUCCCAGAAUCUUACUGGGCAACUCUCUGGAACUCCUCACACGGGGCGAGAUGCAGACGUACCACAAGUUCUACAAGACAUACGGACCAAUCUUUGGGUUCUAUAGGGGAACUAGACCUGUGGUUGCUGUGACUGACCCAAUACUAGUGGAUAUGGUACUGAGCUCGGAACAAAACUCAUUCACCACCGUUCACCACAACCACCAGCACUACCUGAGGUCAAUUCUGAGGGUCCACGGCCUGCCAGCUGUGCUAUCACCACUACCACAGCAACAACAGCAGCAGCAACAGCAGCGAUUUGAGAAUGACGACACCCUGAAGGCCAGGAAAGGACUUCGCUCAAUUCUUCUCCUACCAAGACUUUUUAAACUUAUGGUACCCGUUGUGCUACAAAACUUUGACACGCUGCUGCUGGAGACACUGGAGAGCAGCCUGUCUCGUCCCUCUGUGGAUAUAUGGAGUGUCUAUGAGCCCUACUGUCUGCAAGUGAUCCUGGGUAUAGUAGGGCUGUCCAGUGGCAAACACAGAGAGGAGGUGGCAUCUGCACUCCAGAACUACUUCACCGUAGUCAACAGAAGUGGAACGGUGGAAUUUGUGUUCAGAGCACUGUUUGGCUCCAUCCCAUGUUUUGAUGAGGCAAUGAAGGUGCUAAACAGACGAGCCAAGGCCGAGGAGGAAUUCGAUAAUCUAGUUGGUGUGGUGUCGUCGGCAAUCUGCGAAGCCAAGCAAUACCAUCAAGUCACAGGAAUCAAGAGGAACUACCUCCAGGUGUUACUGGACCAAUCUCUCCCAGAGGACCAGACAGUGUCCUACACUCUCCUCAUCCUUCUCCUCGGCUACCACUCCAUCCUCACCACACUCUCUGCUGCCACAGUCCACCUGGCAGCCGACCCCAUAACCCAGCAGAAACUAUACAGCGAACUCAGCACCUCCGUUCAGAGAGAGACAUUGUUCUAUGAGGCGGUGGACAGUGUGGAGUUCCUGGAUGCUGUCGUGCAGGAGACACUGAGACUCUGCUCUCUCACUCCAAAGUUGACCAGAGUGUGUGUGAAGGACUGUGGGGUGAAGGGAGCCACGAUCCCAAAGGGGACUAGAGUUGAGGUUCCACUUCACUUCAUCCACCACCUCCCAACCCACUGGAACAGCCCCAACUCCUUCUCCCCUGACAGAUUCACCAGCCCACGGCGCCACUCUACAAAUGGCAAGACAGCCAAGUGCCCAGUUGCUGCACAAGGCCCCGCCUUCUUGCCGUUUGGCGUGGGAGCUCACAGCUGUGUGGGCAUGAGACUCACUAUCAACUGUGUCAAACUGACUCUCACAGAGGUCAUUCAGAGGUUCAGAUUCACAAGAGCUGCUAAUGGAAAGAAGGUAUCUAGGGGGAAGACCGCAGAGUAUGCCAGUCAGUUCAGAAGACCAGCUGGAGGGCACCAUGUACGAGUGGCCACCAGACACAAGUUAAAGAGAUCCAUUUCCUUUGCUACAGUGGUAAAGACAACAAUGGACAAACAGCCUGACGAUGAUAAUAAUACAUCAUAGCUUUAUUUCUUUGUGCAUAGGAUCGUUUUUAUACCAUUGACUUUGUAUGUAUAUAUAAUUUUAGCGUUGCCAUUUUGCAUCUGGCUAUAUGCAUAAAAUAUGGGCAAAAUACUUGUCCCCCUUAUCCUGUGUUCUUCCACGGCAAUGUUCUCCUCAUGGUGCGUCAGUCCGUUAGUCUGCUCGAACGAGGAGGCACGAUUAGGAGUUCAAACUGCCCAUCCAUCAGCGUAUGGAAGGUGCAACGCGUGCAUGAAGCACCCCCCUUCCCUGUACAUAGAGCGAUGCUCUAAACCAUGCACCUAGGAUCAGCAAUAGUGAUAAACACUGAUAAUCUUGAUCUUAAACUGGCACGGAAGCCAUCUCUGUACCACUGAGACUUGUGUGAACAUUUGCGGUCUAGUUGUGUGCGUGCAUUGUCGAUCCUAGUGCACAUGUGUUG